CCAGUCACGCGGAGUCAGUCUUCGUGGAGACGUCGUAUAGAACGGACGUCGCUCGAGCAAAUAAAAAAUACAUUUCGCGAGUGUUGAGACUUAUAAUGAUUCGGUUGGUGGUUCGGAUUUUAGUUAGGUAGUAGCGUGCGAUGCGCGGCUUGCGCGAUGUUAGCUUACGUGGUCGUGGUACUGACAGUGUUGGACGUCUGUGUACCGCUGUACCAUCACCAGUUCGCGGUCUUCGUCCCUGGUGGGCCAGAGAAGGCUCACGAACUGGCGCAUAGACAUGGCUUCAUUAAUCACGGGGAGAUCGGAAACCUGAAGCACUACUUUUUACUAUCACAUCCACACGUCAGUAAGAGAUCACCUAACGCCAGCAUCGACCAUUACAAUAAUCUUAAAAAUGACCCGCAGGUGAGAUGGGUUAUGCAGCAGAGGGAGUUGCGGAGGUCCAAGAGGGACCAUCAGUGGCAGCCAAGGCACGUGAUGAGGCAAUCCAGUGCGCCUGCCUUCCCCGACCCUCUGUUCAAGGAGCAGUGGUAUUUGAAUGGAGGUGCAGCUGACGGCUUAGACAUGAAUGUUGGCUAUGCUUGGAGGAAAGGCUACACGGGGAAAGGAGUCGUUAUCACCAUCCUAGAUGACGGCAUUCAACCUAACCAUCCAGAUCUAUCACAGAAUUACGAUCCUGCGGCAUCGACGGACAUAAAUGGGAACGACACGGACCCGACACCGCAGGACAAUGGCGACAAUAAACACGGCACCCGGUGCGCGGGUGAGGUGGCUGCGGUCGCCUACAAUAGAUAUUGCGGCGUUGGCAUAGCUUACAAUGCCAGCAUUGGAGGAGUCAGGAUGCUCGAUGGCCUUGUUAACGACGCAGUGGAAGCCCAAGCACUCGGAUUUAACACACAUCACAUAGACAUAUACAGUGCGUCAUGGGGACCUGAGGACGACGGCAAAACAGUCGAUGGCCCCGGCCCUCUGGCUAGAAGGGCGUUUAUAAAUGGCGUGACGAAUGGAAGAGGCGGGAAAGGAUCUAUUUUUAUAUGGGCGUCGGGAAACGGUGGCAGGCACACGGACUCCUGCAAUUGUGAUGGAUACGCGAAUAGUAUAUUUACUAUUUCUAUUUCUAGUGCAACUCAGGGGGGAUAUAAACCGUGGUAUUUAGAAGAAUGCUCUUCAACAAUAGCUUCAACCUAUAGUUCAGGAACUCCUGGUCGAGACAAAAGCGUGGCUACGGUUGAUAUGGAUGUGCAAUUACGGCCUGAUCACAUUUGUACCGUAGAUCACACAGGUACAUCGGCGUCGGCGCCAUUAGCUGCAGGAAUAUGCGCAUUAGCUUUAGAAGCAAAUCCAUUACUAACUUGGCGAGAUAUGCAACACCUCAUCGUAAUGACCUCUCGUUCACAGCCACUAGAAAAAGAAGAAGGAUGGAUUGUAAAUGGUGUGAAACGAAAAGUGAGUCACAAGUUUGGCUACGGGCUAAUGGACGCCGCUCAGAUGGUAACAUUAGCUGAACAAUGGACAAAUGUACCCCCUCAGCACAUUUGUAAGUCGCAAGAAAUAAACGAGGACAAGUCUAUUGAAACAUCUUUCGGUUAUACGAUAUCAGUGCACAUGGAUGUGAAUGGGUGCAGCGGGACGAUGAACGAGGUCAGAUUUUUGGAACACGUUCAAUGUAAAAUUUCACUGAGCUUUUUCCCUAGAGGAAAUUUACGGAUAUUGCUUACGUCGCCGAUGGGAACUACUUCCACCCUUUUAUUCGAGAGGACGCAUGACGCAACGAGUUCUAACUUCGACGAUUGGCCGUUUUUAAGUGUCCAUUUUUGGGGAGAAAGUGCCGAAGGGCGUUGGACCCUUCAGAUAUUAAACGCCGGUAAUAUCCACGUCACUCAACCGGGCAUAUUGAAAAAGUGGCAGUUAAUAUUUUACGGCACGGCUACCAGUCCAAUACGGUUACGAAAUAAAAGCUAUUUUAACUCAAAUAAUGUUUACAAGCAAGAGAAGGCUUAUCAUAUUAACGAUGUUUACGACGCUUCAGAAUACUCCCAAUUCCUCAACGAAAUCGAACUUGGCAUUUCUGAUAGACGUAAUUACCCCAAAAAUAUUCCUUCCGCACAGCGUAAAAAUGUUUUGGCAGAUGCCAACGAUAAACAAGUGCAAAGACUGUGUGAUCCGGAAUGUGAUUCACAAGGCUGUUAUGGGAAGGGGCCAACUCAGUGUGUUGCUUGCAAGCAUUAUCGUUUAGAUAACACAUGCGUGUCUCGAUGUCCCCCGAGAAGCUUCGUGAACCAAGGUGGAGUUUGUUGGCCAUGCCACGAGUCAUGCGAGACGUGUGCAGGAGCUGGCCAAGAUUCGUGUCUCACAUGCGCCCCCGCUCAUCUUUUAGUAGUUGAUUUAGCUGUUUGUUCGCAACUGUGUCCAGACGGAUAUUAUGAAGACCCCGAUGCCAACGCCUGUUUUCCAUGUGCCGAGCACUGCGAUACGUGCUCUGAAAAGGCAGAUAUAUGCUCCUCGUGUGCUCAUAAUUAUGUCCUUUACAACGGCUCUUGUUUAGCUUCCUGUCCUCCAGGUACACAUCAAAAAGAUGAUUUUGGAUGCAUACCAUGUCAUGAAACGUGUGAAUCUUGCCACGGCCCUAGCCAAAAUGCUUGUGUUUCGUGUCGCAUUGGUGAUUACGCAUUCAGAAAUAGCUGCGUAGCAAAAUGCCCCUCAGGAUAUUACGCCGACGCCCAAAGAAGAGAAUGUUUGCCAUGUUCAAUUGGUUGUUCGGCUUGCACUAAUGCCGUUUGUACUGUUUGCCAAGAAAAAUGGAUUCUGACUAAGAGCGGAACUUGUCUACCCGAUGGUAAUGAUAAAUGUGACACAAAUGAGUAUUACGAAGGGGGAAGGUGUAAAAAUUGCCACUCGCUCUGCGAGAAAUGUAGCGGGUCGAACGACUGGGACUGUUUGUCUUGUUCGAGUCCCUUGUUGUUACAAGGAUCGAGGUGCGUAGCUGAGUGUGGACCAGGUUUCUAUCAGACUGCAGGAAGAUGUUCGCCAUGUCCACAUACUUGUAAGAGCUGCGUAUCGAGAUUGAACUGCACGUUGUGUGCUGGUGCCUUACGUUUACAGUCAGGAACAUGUAGAGCAACUUGUGCUCCUGGCUACUAUCCUGAUGAAGGGACUUGUUCCAAGUGCUACCUGUCAUGUGAGACGUGCACAGGCCCUAGAAGAGAUCAAUGUGCAUCAUGUCCUCCUGACUGGAGGUUGGCGGCGGGAGAGUGUCACCCCGAAUGUCCGCAGAACUUCUUUCCUUGGCAGGAAAGUUGUCGUCGCUGCCACCAUUACUGUCAAGACUGUCAUGGCGCUGGGCCUCAGCGCUGUACAUCGUGUCCACAGCAUUUUUCAUUAGAAAACGGUUUAUGUGUGGAGUGCCUUAGUUCUCAGUACUACGAGCCUAGAACGAGGAGCUGUCGUCCGUGCCACGACUCGUGCAGGUCGUGCUCGGGUCCGGGCCCAACCAGUUGUCUCACGUGUGCACACCCCCUACGUUUAGAUAGAGUGAAUCACAAAUGUUUGCCAUGCUGCACCGAGAGCACGGUGUCGCUUCUCAUAAAUAGCAAUCAGACCGAUUGCUGCCACUGUGAUAAAGAUCUUGGAGGUUGUUUAAACGGUUCAUCAGCAGGCAAGCGGCGGAUAGCCGAGAACAUUCGCACGCACAUAACGGCACCAUUUUUCAUCGAGGACUCUAAGGAUGCCUCGAACAUUCUAGAACGUAACUCACUUGCUGUGUGGAGUGUGGGCGUCUUUCUACUAGCUACAGUCCUCACUCUGGUCGCUGUUAAGCUAAAAAGGUCAAGAACACACAAACACAGGACUAUGUUCCCGAAGACCGAGUACUCCCAGCUGACCACCAUCGACGAAGACUUGAUAGCGAUGACGUCAUCGACCACUUUGAAAGCCCUCGACAGUAUACAAAUACAAAGUAAAACUCAACUAGAAGAACCAACAUAGCAACAUGAACCUUAAACUCGAUGUAAUUAGAGUAUAUUUUACACUGCAGACUGAUAUGUAGGAGUUUCAAUAUACGAUUUGUGUAAAUAGUUGAAGUAAAUACUAUUACCUAACUAUCAAGUGGUUAUUUUAUUAUUUAAGCGAAAUUAUACGAAUAACGUUAACGUUAUGUUUAAACUUUAGUUGUUAGACUAAACAUUUCUAAGAGAAAUUAUUUAUUUGAAAAUUUUCAUCUACGAGUAUUUCGAGUUAUGAAUUAAAAUUAAUGAACAUGAAUUUCGUAAAAUUAUUCGCAAUACAAGAUUGCAAUGAAUUUUUUUACAUUGAUUUUUCUUUGAGAAAGUAAAAUAAUUUCAAUUAAUCAAACAGUUGGCAACUCAUAAUUUAAAGUUUAUUAUAUUGCAACCACGAACAUGUAAUAACAUUUCUUGCAUACAAACUUAGCUAAACAUUUCUAUGCAAAUGAAUGCAAUUCAUCUCGCAUAUGGAGUACAUAAUUGUAUUUUUAAUUAGUUUACGUAGCCAUGUUGAAUGUCAGAAUCUAAUUAUCAAUUAGCAUGAAGUAUGAUUGUUGGUUUCACACAUUUCUAUUAAACAAUUUUGGUUACUUGAUGAAAGAUAAGUCAACAAUACUUAGUUAUGACUACAACAUAAUAAAUCUCCCGAUCGAUUUCGGUCACGGUGGCCAGUCUGUCUAACUAGACUAGCGAACUACACAGGAGAUAUAAUAGAGCAAACAGGUGCACUCUGUUUUCUCACUCUCUAAACCCAAUGGGACGGCAGGCCGACACGAACGGAGAGACUUUUUAUAAUUUUCUUUAACGAGAUCUAUAAAAAUGUACCUACAGAUUUGUUUUACAUUUCGAAAACCAACAAUCUUGCAUCAAAUUACGUACGCAAUUAUGUAAUAAAAUAAACUCAAACAUUUACAUUCUAGAUGUUUUUGCACUGUGUGUAAGCAAAUUCCAUAAGGUCGACAUUACUUUACGUAAAUCGCAUUUAACGUAGAUUUGUAAGAAAGAAAUAAAGGGAGAGACUGCAAAGAUAAGUGGUUUGGGUUGAAGGAGCGUUCAAUUAGAUCAGGAUCGAGCGAUGGUGGAAUGAAUACGCUAUUGGCUUGUUUUUUGCAAUCAAACCAAAUAUUUGACUUUAUUACGAAUUCAUUAUUUACCGUGCUUUACUUUUGCAUUUAAAGGCUUUUGGAAUGUACAAUUUAGGGAAUACAAGUCAAACGUACAGAGGGCUUAGUAAGAAUUUGUUUUACGUUUAACGUGAUCGAAAUGAAAGCGCGUCCGGCGGUCUGAUUGCGUGGUUCAUUCGCACCGGCCAAUCAGAGCGCCGAACGCGCUCUCGUUUUGUUGUCGUCCAAGGUAAAGCAAACUCGUAUUAAAGGUACAUUAGUUAGUUUCCAGGACAAUCCAAAGCUAAACUAUUUAUCAAACUGUAAUAGAUUCUCAACCUUAUCGUUUAUUAAUAAAGUUGACGACCUUCUGAAGUUUGAAGUAGUUUGAUGUAUCGGUCCAUCAAAGUAAUGUCGACCUAUGUAAGGACCAGUAUAUGUUCAAUGGGACCCAAUACACAGCUUCACUUUGUAUUAUAACUGUUGUGAUACAUAUGCAAAAUAUGUAAUACGACUCACUCACAUAACUGUUCUAUUACGUAACUCAUCUGAUUAUGGGCUCCGAUGUCGCUCGAAAUUAGUCGCGUUACUCCGAACAGUUACGUGAAUACUGCCGUAUACAGCUUCAUGUUAUUUAUGCUACGUAUAAUUGUGUUUAUAGUAAUAUCAACAUAUCUAAAAGUAAUUUAUUUUAAUGUUGUUUUGUUUCACCGCUGUACUGUGUAAAUACGGUUCAAUUAUUACUGUAAUAGACUUUGAUCAUGUAAAUAUGUAAAUAAUGACAGUUGUAAAUAUAUCAAUGGUUUUUAUGACGGAUAAUUUA